AUGGAGACAGAGAGAAAGGAGACAGAGAAAGAAGAAAAGGAGACAGAGACAGAGAAAAAGAAAAAGGAGACAGAGACAGAAGAGAAGGAGACAGAGACAGAAGAGAAGGAGACAGAGAGAGAGAAAAAGGAGACAGAGAAAAAGGAGACAGAGAGAGAGAAUAUAAAGAAAAAGAGAGAAGAGACAGAGACAGAGACAGAGAAAGAGACAGAGACAGAGAUAGAGAGAUAG